AUGACCCAUGGUUUAUACCAAUACUUGUCUAAACAACCAGGUCAAACUGCUCAAAUUAAAGUUUCAAUUGAAGGUCCAUAUGGUUCAAGAAUGGCUAUUGACAGAUUUGAAAACGAUCUUUUCAUCGCUGGUGGUAACGGUAUUCCAGGUAUUUACUAUGAAGCUACUGAUAUUGCUAAAAGAUUAGGCGACAAACGUAACAUUAAAUUAAACUGGGUUGUUCGUCACUACCGUUCUUUGGAAUGGUUCUACCAAGAAUUACUUAAAUUGAAAGACUUGCCAAUCAAAACCACCAUCUAUGUUACUCAACCUCAUGUUGGAUUAACCGAUCCAAUUUCUCCUACUGAAUUAACUGAUGACGAAGAAGCUCAAGAACAAGAACAAGAAAAGAAAUCUGAUAACGAAGAAAACCGUGAUUAUAUUGAAGAAUUGAAAAAGAGUUUGUCAUUUAUUGAAUUUAUUGAAGAAAAACCAGAUUUCUACAACAUUGUUGCUGAAGAAAUCAAACAACUGUCAGGUCCUUUGGCCAUCGCUUCUUGUGCUCACGGAAGUAUGGUUGAUGAUGUUAGAAAAUCCGUUGCCGACAACUUGAACCAAAGUUCUUAUAGAAUUGAAUUAUUUGAACAAAUUCAAAGUUUGUAA